AUGAAAAUAUUCUGCCUUAUAGUUAUUUUCCUUAGCAAAACUGGUGGAAAAGUACUGCACAAUGAAAAGAGGGAGUUCUGUGACAAUUUUGAGUGUGAUGAGAGUGACGACAGGAAGGUCUGUGGUGUGAGGUACGAAGAGGAUGAAGUUAUAUUCAGACUCUUUGAUAAUGAGUGUAAGCUGAUGAUCUAUGGGUGUCAAGUUGAUGAUAAUCAAACCUUCGGCGUAAUAAGCAUGAGACAUUGUAGCGAACCUACAAUAGACGAAGAGAAUAUUGUACCGAGGACAGUGGACACCGACGUAUGUCCAAACUGCGUGAAUGUGGCCAGACACUCAGUCUGCGGCAUCCGACGCUUCGGUGAAGGAUUUAAAGUUAGAACCUUCGAGAAUGAAUGCCAGCUCAGAAGACACAAUUGCGACUCCGGUCUAAAUUUUACCAUCACUGAUUACUUUAUUUGCUUAAAUAACUCUCAAAAUGAGGAAAUAGAAGAGAUAUAUGAUGACGAAGCAGUGCUAUCAGAAAAUAAUACAUCAAAUGACGUUGUGAAAUCAAAGAACCUGGUAGUUGUUGAUGGUUCUAUGUUAGACCCUCGGAAUAUUAACCAAAGUAUUUCGAAGUUCUUUGCGGCAACCCAUACUUCUGGUUUACGAUUGAAGGAGAUGUACCCGAUGCUGAACGAAAGCGCACGCAGGAAAAUGAUACGUAUAUUUGGGCCCGUCAAGGUUUUUACUCCUUUUAUCGUAAUACCGAAGAAUAUUAGUGAAGAUCGUUGGCAUUCACCUACGCUAUCGUCUUGCUUUCAUAAGUGCCCAACGAAAUGUCCUGACACGUACGCACCAGUAUGUGGCAAUCCCGGCAUGGAGGUCAGGGAGCCGUCCCUCAUGUUCCAGAACCAUUGUUACAUGGACGCGGCGCAGUGUAAGCUCACCUGGGAUACCGAUGACGAGUAUGCAGGAACAACCUACGUGGAGCAAGCAUUCGUGUUCUGCCUUGGAGACGAGCUGCAUGGCCUGGUUCGAUUCCUCCCCUUCAUCAAGACUUUACAACGUCUUGGGAGAGUCAAGAAAAAGGGAUAUUUCAGAUACAGAGUAAAAAAUAUGAAAUGGUUCAACAAUCACAUGGAUCUUAAGCUACCGAGAUUCAAUGGAUGA